AUGUUUGACACGCUUCAUUCUUACCACACUGUAUUCUACAUUUGUGGAGCAACAUCCACCUUGUCAGCCUGUCUUAUGUUCCUCAUUCCAUGGCUUAUGCCCAACCAACAGGGGGGUGCUUUCCGUCGAGAUUCCGCGCUGAGCCGCCUGGAAAGUCUCCUGAGUUCGCUGCCACCAACUCCAAGAAGAAUUUCAAGAAGAAAUUUCGCUCACGGUAGCCAAGGUAGUGGAACAGGCGAUAGUGACGACGGCAGGGGUGGAGACAGUCUUUGUGAAGCAGACAGGAUUGAAAUGGAGUUUCUGCAAGGAUCUGGGUCCAACGACGUGGAAGACGAUGACCAAGACGGCGGCACAAGGCGACCGGAUGCUGGCCUCCGCCAGGAUACCUCCAUAAACACUGUCUUUAAUUCAACCAUGUCUCAUCGUGGAUCCAUCACAAAGUUUCUACUGCAACAACAGCUUCAAUCAUGGAGCAGGUCUCCUUCACCACUAUCAGAUUCCUGUCGAGGAUCAGGUCAAGGAAACCAGUCAUCGCGUGGCGACUCGUCAAGAAGCUCGCUGAGCAGUUACUUUGGGGGCUCAAGGAGAGCGUCAUGUUCAACCUCCUCAAAAUCGAAGAGCUCCAGCAAGCCUACGCCAACGGGUUCAAUUCGCGAUUCUGAUAAACUUGGAGAAUCAACCAGCGAAGAGACAUCAGAGUUGAACUCCGACGAACUGGAACCAGAAAUAGACGAGACGACAGUGGAUUUCUUGCAUGUUGAUGCUUUAUCUCGUCGAAUCUCCGAGGUGAGCACGGUCGUGGCUUCAUGCAGGGAGUCUGGGCAGAGCACCGUAGUUUGUUCAAAUCGCAGCAGUGUCGUCAAGGUAGCCCUAAGUCCUAAGGUCAGCCUGCAGGAGGAAGACUCUCAGCAGCAGCGUUCCGUGAAAGACCCCGACAUGCUUCAUGUGCUUGCCGCUCGUCUUUUGCAGGCUACGCGUAAAAAAGAGAAUAAUUUUGACGGUAAAGAACUCAAAGAGUCAGUAGUGUAA